UUUUAUUAGUUGUCCUGUUUGUGUUAGUUGUCGCUCAGACGACUGGCAGUUAGCGCAGUUAGCUAGCUUAGCAUUCGCUCGCUCGCUCUCGGCGCUGAGGAUGCCGACUUUGCGGGACAGCAGCGCGAGCCACCCGGGCGACAACCCUCACCAGGUCCGGGUCAAGGCCUACUACCGCGGGGACAUUAUGAUCACACACUUUGAGCCGUCCAUCUCAUAUGAGGGUCUGUACAGUGAGGUGAGGGACAUGUGCUCUCUGGACAACGACCAGCUCUUUACCAUGAAGUGGAUUGACGAAGAAGGAGACCCCUGCACCGUGUCCUCUCAGCUGGAGCUGGAAGAAGCUCUGCGUCUGUAUGAACUGAACAAAGACUCUGAGCUCAUCAUCCACGUGUUUCCGUGUGUCCCGGAGAAACCUGGCAUGCCUUGUCCAGGAGAGGACAAGUCUAUUUAUCGGCGUGGCGCACGACGCUGGAGGAAACUCUACUACGCUAAUGGACACGCCUUCCAGGCCAAACGCUUCAACAGGCGUGCACACUGUGCUAUCUGCACUGACCGGAUCUGGGGUCUCGGACGCCAGGGCUACAAGUGCAUCAGCUGUAAACUGCUCGUCCACAAGAAGUGUCACAAACUCGUCACGCUGGAGUGUGGCAGACAGUUACAGGAGCCAGUGUUGGAGCGAGUGGAUCAGUUGCCACACCCAGCUGAACACCCAGAGCCAGUUCUCCCUCAUAAGAACUCCAGUGAGAGCAUCAAUCACAUGGGAGAGGAGCAUGAGGCGGUGAGCAGCAGGGACCCAGGUAAAGCCCCCUCCAGUCUGGGUCUGUCCGAUUUUGACUUGCUCAGGGUGAUUGGACGAGGGAGCUACGCUAAAGUGCUGCUCGUGCGCCUGAAGAAGACGGAGCGCAUAUACGCCAUGAAGGUCGUUAAGAAGGAGCUCGUUAACGACGAUGAGGACAUAGACUGGGUCCAGACGGAGAAGCACGUGUUUGAACAGGCCUCCAAUCACCCAUUUCUGGUGGGUCUUCACUCCUGCUUCCAGACUGAGAGCAGACUCUUCUUUGUGAUUGAGUAUGUAAAUGGAGGAGACCUGAUGUUCCACAUGCAGCGACAGAGGAAGCUUCCAGAGGAACACGCCAGAUUCUACUCCGCUGAGAUCAGUCUGGCUCUAAACUACCUGCACGAGCGAGGCAUCAUCUACAGAGAUCUGAAACUGGACAACGUCCUGCUGGAUUCUGAGGGACACAUCAAACUCACCGACUACGGCAUGUGCAAGGAGGGUCUGAGGCCUGGAGACACCACCAGCACAUUCUGUGGGACCCCAAACUAUAUUGCCCCUGAAAUCCUGAGAGGAGAGGACUACGGGUUCAGUGUGGACUGGUGGGCGUUGGGGGUGCUGAUGUUCGAGAUGAUGGCAGGCAGGUCUCCCUUCGACAUUGUGGGAAGCUCAGACAAUCCAGACCAGAACACUGAGGACUAUUUAUUCCAGGUGAUCUUGGAGAAGCAGAUCAGAAUCCCCAGGUCUUUGUCAGUGAAAGCAGCCAGUGUAUUGAAAGGAUUUCUCAACAAGGACCCUAAGGAGCGCCUGGGUUGUCAUCCUCAGACAGGUUUUGCUGACAUUACGGCUCAUCCUUUCUUCCGAAAUGUAGACUGGGAGCUGAUGGAACAGAAGCAGGUGGUUCCUCCCUUUAAGCCCAACAUCUCUGGCGAGUUUGGACUCGAUAACUUUGAUGCCCAGUUCACCAACGAGCCCAUCCAGCUCACUCCUGACGAUGAUGAUGUGGUGAAGAAGAUUGACCAGUCAGAGUUCGAAGGCUUUGAGUACAUCAACCCACUGCUGAUGUCAGCGGAGGAGUGUGUGUAAGGAGAGUGCUUACACACUCGGGCAACAUCUGAGACAGACAGGAAAUGUCCAUCGGAGCACGUGUGUGUUUGUGUGUUUGUGUGUGUUUGUGUGUGUGUGUGUAGAGCAUUGUUUUUGCCAAAUCUGUUUAUUUUUUUAAAAUAUACUUCGUAGAUUCACUCCCCUCUCUCUCCCUCCCUCUUUCUCUCUCUCUCUCUCUCUCUCUCUCUCUCUCUCUCCUGUCUCUCUGUCACCCUCUCUUUCUCUCUCUCUCUCUCUCUCUCCCUCCUGUCUGUCUCACUCUGGCUGUCUCUGUCUACUGGGCCUUGGACACUAAUGACCAAAUGAAACACUACAUGUACACACACACACACACACUGGAGCUUGUUAAUAAAUAUAUCAUUUUACAGUUAAUUAUGCAUUCCUCACACACACUACAGGCUACACACUACUCUCAUUCUGUCAUAGUGUGUGUGUAAGAUCUCUGGCAUACCCUCCUCUGUUUUUAGAUGAAAUGAAACACUAAUGGAAUUCCACUGUUCUUAUUCCUGUUAUUUUUAUUAUCACUGUUAUUAUGUUUGUUUCUCUGAUGAAGCUGUUAAAUAGAGAAAAAAAUCAGUUUUAAAUAAAAACACAUGGGAUAAUAACCAUGGUCCAACUCUUAUUACACUCUUCCACACAGCACUGAGUUCUGGACUCUGAUUGGUGGAUCAGGUGUUGAUUGAUUCUCUCUAACAGCUUUAUAUUAAUGCACUCUCAUACCUUAUGGUUUCCAUAGCAACAGCUGGCUCACAGGGGCGUGUACAGGAAACAGACCGUUAAUGUGAGGUUUUUAUCUAAUUGCUUUAGGAGAAGGAGUCUAGAAUGUUGAUGCUUUGUAACAGUCAGAGGUAAAGCUGUAACAUUUACAGAUGGAAGAAGAAGAGGAAGCUAAUACGAAGCUAUUGAUUAGCAAAAUUAGGAGCAGUUCACUCCAGUGCUCUUCACUUUCAAACACGGGGCAAUAAAAAAAAAAAAAAAAAAGCCAGUCAGGUUCUGUAGGUUGCAUCUGAAUGACACCCAGAGCUAUACGCAGUUUUUCCUUCACACACACACACACACUGCAGACUUAACAAAUGGUGCCUUAGCUUUGACCCUUGUGAGCUGAGGUCAUGUGACUACACAGACCAGCAGGGGUCAGGAGGUCACAGUGGGAGACACCAGGGUCAAGAGGUCAUUGUGAAUCUGUGCACUGUGUGUGAACUUUAAAGACGUGUGUGUGUGUGUGUGCUGAGAGACACAAAAAGCUGACAGCGUGUAAAACACACACCGCGAGUGUAAAUGUCAUACUCCUUCG